GGCUGGAAGAGGAGGAGGAGUUAGUCAGGUGAAGAGGUAGGGAAAGGUUUUCUCAGGCAGAGGAAUCAGCCUGGACCAGGACUGGAGGAAGCAGAGAGGGCAGGCUCCAGAAACUUAAAGAAGUUCAUGUGGCUGGACUAGGGAGUUCAAAGGGUGAGUUUAGACAGGAGAGUAGUGGGGGCCAGUCACUGCGGGGCUGGCAAGCCAAGUUCAUCCCCAAGGCAUGACUGAAUAGUGGUCCCCCAAAGAUGUGCACAUCCUCAUCCCUGAACCUGUGAACAUGUUACUCCAUAUGGCAAAAGCAACAUUGCCGAUAUGAUGAAGUUAAGGACUCUGAGGUGGGAAUAUGAUCUUGGACUAACUGGAUGGGUCCAGUCGAAUCACAAGGGUCCUUAUGACCAUAUUUAUAAGAGGCAGGAGGAUCAGCAUCAGAGAAGAAGAUGUGACAAGAGAAACAUAGGUCAGAGUGAUACAGUGGCUGUUUUUAAAGAUGAAGGAAGAGCCACGAGUCUUAGGCGAAACUUUUCCGUGCUGCGCUCCGCCCUCUCCCGCCGAGCCACGCUGUCUACAGCGCCGGCGACUCGCGAGCAGCACGCCGCGGGCCUGGAAGCCGUGCGGGGGCGCGGGGCGGCCGAGGCCGCGCGGCUGGCCGCGGACUUCUGCAACACGCAGGAGGCGUACCGGAGCCGGCGCAGCUGGGAGCUGGCGCGCAGCCUGCUGGUGCUGCGCCUUUGCGCCUCGCCCGCGCUGCUGGCGCGCCACGAGCAGUUGCUCCGGCUUGCCAGGAGACUAACGGGGCAAAGGUUGUUCGACAGACUGAUGAAGAUGACCUUCUACGGGCAGUUUGUGGCUGGUGAGGACCAGGAGUCCAUCCGGUCCCUGAUCCAGCACAACAGGGCCUUCGGCGGGGGCUCUAUCCUGGACUACGGUGUGGAGGAGGACCUGACCCCCGAGGAGGCCGAACGCAAGGAGAUGGAGUCCUGUACCUCAGCAUCGGAGAGGGACGGCCAUGGCACCAGUAAGAGGGAGAAGCAGUUCCAGGCCCACCGGGCAUUCGGAGACCGCAGGGAUGGCGUUGUCAGCGCCCGCAUCUACUUCUACGCCAGCGAGGCCAAGUGUGACAGCCACAUGGAGACAUUCCUGCGCUGCAUGGAGGCUUCAGGUGGCGCCAGCGAGGAUGGCUUCUCAUCCAUUAAGCUCACCGCACUGGGGAGACCCCAGUUUCUGCUGCAGUUCUCAGAUGUGCUGACCAAGUGGAGACGGUUCUUCCACCAAAUGGCCGCAGAGCAGGGCAAGGCCGGGCUGGGCAUGGACACGAAGCUGGAGGUGGCUGCACUGCAGGAAAGCGUGGUGAAGAUGGGCAUCGCGUCCCGAAUGGAGAUUGAGAACUGGUUCACUGUGGAGACCCUUGGCGUGUCCGGCACCCUGGACCUGCUGGACUGGGGCAGCCACAUUGACAGCAGGACCGAGCUCUCCAAGCACCUGGUGGUCCCCAACAUGCAGACAGGAUAGCUGGAGCCCCUGCUGUCACGGUUCACUGAGGAGGAGGAACGGCAGAUGACGAGGAUGCUGCAGAGGAUGGACGCCCUGGCCAAGAAAGCCAGCGAGGUGGGCGUGCGGCUGAUGGUGGACGCCGAGCAGACCUACUUCCAGCCGGCCAUCAGCUGCCUGACACUGGAGAUGCAGCGCAGAUUCAACGUGGAGAGGCCACUCAUCUUCAACACGUACCAGUGCUACCUCAAGGACGCCUACGACAAUGUCACCCUGGAUGUGGAGCUGGCUCUCCGAGAGGGCUGGUGUUUCGGGGCCAAGCUGGUGCGUUGUGCAUACAUGGCCCAGGAACGUGCCCGCGCCCUGGAGAUUGGGUAUGAGGACCCUAUCAACCCCACGUACGAGGCCACCAACACCAUGUACCACAGGUGCCUCAACUACGUCCUGGAGGAGCUGAAGCACAAUGCCAGGGCUGCAGUGAUGGUGGCCUCGCACAGUGAGGACACCGUGUGCUUCACGCUGUGCAGGUUGGAGGAGCUGGGCCUGCACCCUGCCGAUCGCCAGGUGUACUUUGGACAGCUUCUGGGCAUGUGCGACCAGAUAAGCUUCCCGCUAGGCCAGGCAGGCUUCCCCGUGUACAAGUACGUGCCUUAUGGCCCUGUGAUGGAGGUGCUGCCCUACCUGUCCCGCCGUGCCCUGGAGAACAGCGGAGUCAUGAAGGGUGCUCAGAGGGAGUGGCAGCUGCUUUGGCAGGAGCUCAAGCGGAGGCUCCGCACGGGCAGCCUCUUCCACCGCCCGGCCUAGUGCUGUGGCCGCGUCCCGACACAUCCUCACCUGGGCCGCGACCACCCAGGGCUACAACCCGACCCCAACCUCACACACACACCUUUUA